CUAACUGAGCUCAAAUCUUCUUCUUCUUCUUCCACCUGGUUUCUCAAUUGAGGAACAGGUUUAGAACAAUUUGUGAAGAAUAUCAAUUGGGCCACUGUAAAGCUCGAUGGCUGAGACCGAGACACCAAAAGCGAAGGCACGACCGAUUGUGCGCCUGGGGAUUUUCCUAAUUUCUCACAGUGUUUUCUUCAGCGUGAUUUGCUUCUCCGCAGGGGUUUUAGCUCUUUUGCUACUGCCAAUGUUCGCCAUGAACACUUACAUUUCCGAGAACGCUCUCAUGCCAGGUUCUGCAAAUACCAUGCUUUCCGGUCAGGAAGUCUCAGAGGCGAACAACUUGGUGAAGGAUAUAAAGGCUUUGAACUCGAAACCUGGUUCGACAGUCUUUGGAAGUCAGCAGAUUCUAGCACAAUAUAUAUCAGACUUGGGUGCUGAAGUUAAUUACCACAAGUUCCACCCUCAGUCUGGUCAGUUCCAUCCAUUGCACUUUUUCUCUAGCCCUGAUUCUGGCAUCAUUCGGGACAACGUUAGUUGCAUGGCACAGGGUAUUAACACUGUUGGCAUAAUAAAAGCACCACAAGCCGAUGGAAAGGAAGCAAUCGUCUUGGUGACAACUUACAAUCCUGUUAAGACUAGUCYUUAUGAGACUUUGUCUCUUGGUAUUGCAUAUUCAGUAUUUUCUUUGCUUACAYAAGUAACUUGGUUGGCCAAAGACAUUGUAUGGCUCAUCGUGGAUUCACAAUAUGGGGAAUAUGCUGCAGUUUCAGCUUGGCUGAGAGACUAUUACACUCCUGCAUUUGGUCGAUCCGGCAUCAUUGACAAAGAUGCUUGUGCUGAGAUGAGUGUCCUUAAUAAAUUAGGAACAAACCAUAUGACAGAAAAAAUGAGUCUAGAUGAGUUUAAACGUGCUGGAACAAUGGCUGCAGCACUUGUUAUUAAGGUUUCAAAUAAAAGUGAACACUUCGAGGAUAGUCUUAGUGUCUAUGCUGAAGCAUCUAAUGGUCAGAUGCCGAACCUGGAUCUCAUCAAUAUUGUGAAUUAUAUGGCAGUACAUAGGCAAGGUUUUCGGAUUAAGAUUGAGAAAUUUUGGCCUUUACUAGACUGCAAAUGGCUCAAGGUUUUGGGUGAAGUGUUUGAGUCAAUAGGACAAUUGAUCCGAAUCUUGAACCCUGAAUGGAAGUUUGGCAUCCCUGCUUCUGACUAUGUUGAUGGCACUGCCACACUUGCAAGUUCAUUGUACUACCAGGCUGUGGGUAUUCCUACUGGUCCCCAUGGUGCUUUUCGAGAUUACCAAGUUGAUGCAAUUACCGUGGAGAUGUCCCCCAAAUUUUCUUCUGGUAUCAAGGUCAGGCGUGAUGAAUUCAUACUGCGAGGUGGCAGGCUAAUUGAAGGAGUUGUACGAUCAGUAAACAACCUCCUGGAAAAGUUCCAUCAGUCAUUCUUCCUAUACCUUAUGGUAUCUACAAGCAAAUUUGUAUCAGUUGGUGUAUAUAUGAUUGCUUUUGCACUCCUUGUUGCUCCACUACCAGCUGUUGCGGCUUCUCUCUACUCUUAUGCAAACAAUUUGAAUUUAACCKYGGAAAAGGUYGAACAUGCAGUUCCAGCAAAUCCUGAUGAUGAGCUUAUUGUCUCUUUGAGAUCAUGGAAAUGGCUUAAUGCUGCAAAAAAUGUUUUUGUUGUUCAUKUAUGGGGUGCUGUUGUUUCUUUACUUCCCUACUUCAUCUGCCAWWUACCUGGUUACAGUCCUACAACAAGCYCUACUAUUUGGGCGUUGCUUUCMCUGCUCMCCCUACUAAUUUYGUCCGUGAUUUUGGGCUYRCCAUUCACUUGCACCAAACCUYCUCACCAGCUUAUUCAAGAGUGCGCUUUCCUGAAAGCAAUGACCAUCUCAGCGGCCUUYAUUGGUUUGUGCCUCAUGUCAGUAAUUAACUUUGCUACUGCAGAACUUGGAGCAUUUUUUAUGGUUUCCAUGUGCUUGAUGGCACAUCCUCUGAAGCUUGAUCUAGUGGCUGGGAGUUUUAAAGCUCUUUCAAGGGCAGCCUGUAACAUUGUUUUGGGAUUCAUAGCUUUUCCACCUAUUGCUUUCUUUUUGUUUAAAGGUUCUUUGCAAGGUUUUCAUGAUCUACAUAUUGGCGACUUCUGGAACUGGAUGGAGACCCUCUGGGCUUGGAAUAGUGCUACUUUCCUCUACUUAGGUAUGGUCCAUCUGCCAUGCUGGGCAUUAUGCAUACAAAUUUUACUUCAUCCUUGUUGAGUUACCUUAUUUAGUUUUUUCCUUAGCAUUUGGUGAGAUCAACCAAUUGGAAGAUUCUUACCCGUUACCAAAUUUUUGUGUCUUUGCUCUAUAGGUUGAACAGCUAAUUUUCAUUAAUUUUCACUCAGCUCCUUAUAAAUAGGUUUUGUCUGUAUCAGUAACAGUAACUAGAAGGGAACAAGUUACACGUUCAUGCCUUGGUAUGGCAGCUUCUGUAAGAAGGCCUUAAAGCCUACCUUGUCAUUGUUGUUUAUAGUUGUAGGAUAAACACAGUACAGUUUUUACCCUCUUGGAAAAUGCUUUUGGCCAUUUUUCGUUUUGAAUCAAUUGGACAAUUAUCUACUCUAUAGUCUA